AUGAUUAAUAAGGGCCCACCACCUAAACCCCCACGACGGCAAGGAGGCUGGGCAGAAGAUCCUGUAAUGGCACCUUCGAAAUCAGGACGGAAAACUGCAGAAGAAGUAGAAGAUCACCGCCUCAGGCAGCAGAGCCUGGAGGGAUCAGAUGAUGGAGGAGAUAUUCCAGUGAUCCCAGACUUGGAGGAAGUACAGGAAGAAGAUCUUGCCAUGCAAGUGGCAGCUCCACCCAGUAUCCAGGUGAACAGAGUGCUGACCUUCCGGGACCUGGAUAAUGAUCUCAUGAAGUAUGCUGCUUUCCAAACCCUGGAUGGAGAGAUUGAUCUGAAGCUUCUUACCAAAGUUUUAGCCCCAGAACAGGAAGUACGAGAGGAGGAUGUCUGCUGGGACUGGGACCAUCUCUACACGGAAGUGUCUUCAGAACUCAUGACUGAGUGGGACCUGGGACAAUCUGAGAGAGAUGAGCACUCGGGUCUUUCCAAGAACAUCUGAGCUCUGGCCAGCUCACCACUCAGACUCAAACAGCUGUAAAUAGCGCUAGUUAUUUUUUUAUCAACUCUUGUAUUUGAGAAAAUAUUUCAGAUAUGAAAAUAAAGGAGAUGGGAGCACAAUA